AACCUGAAGCAUUAAACAAUCAAAGUUUAGAACCUAAGGCAUUGGAUGAUCAAGAUAUAGAGCUUGAAGUGUUAGCAGCAUAUGAUAGUACAAAUGAGCUUUAUGAUAUUGAAAUUGAUAAAUGGGAGAAAUUACUGCAGGAUUAUUCACAAUCCAGUAACUAUUUAAUGAGGUCUUUAGGCUAUUGUACUAAGUCAUGGGCUCAUGUGUUUACCAGUAGAUAUUUUACAGCCGGCGCACAAUCAACAUCCCGUAAUGAAGGUAAGAACUCAACAUUAAAAUGCCUUUUUGGAGGUUCAAGUCUUUCAUUAUAUGAGCUGUUUGAGGCCUUAGAAGAAAGAAACAAAAAAGAAAUCGAUUACUGUAAGUUUGUAAGCUGGAAGCAAACUAUUCCACAAAUAGGACCAAAAAAUGGUUCAAAGGCUAUUUUUAAACCAGUAGUUGAUCUUGAAGCCAUAUUUUCUAAAGAGAGGAAGUCUUAUAGAUACACGUGUCGUCACUUUUAUCAUAUUAUGACUCUAACCCCCAAUGCAAGAUUUCAUAUUGGUUUAGUCAAUAGGCGCUGGUACAAAGACAUGCUACAAGAAACUGACAUAACAAAUUAUAAAUUCAUAGUCAUCUCUUCAACCAUAUUUAUAUUAACAUCAAAAGUACAUACUUUGCCUACACAAUUUUUGUAUAGCGAAUUCAACAUUAAUGGAGCCGCAAAUCGUGUUUCAAACCAAUCACAUGAUGAAAUAUCUAAGGCUAUUUCGAAAAAGCGAAAGUUUGGUGAAUUUUGGAGACUAGGAAAAAAAAUAAUGGUUAAUGCAAUUGAGGAUAGCAAUGAGGAGAUUUACCAUGAACUUCUUAGUUUUUUUACAUCAAUCCAGAACAAAACAUCGCCGCAAAUAGUUAAUAGUGAAGCUAGUGAUGUUGGUAAAUUUAGCUAUAAGAUUAACAAUAAUGGUCAUAUAAUAGGGAUUCGAAAUCCUGUUAAAAAAAGGUCUAAAGGUCAUCCAAAAUUAAAAAGAAUUGCAAAUGCAUUUGAAAAGUCUGAUACAAAAACAAGUUACAAGUGCAAGUUAUGCAAUAAAAAGGGUCAUAAUAGCAAAACUUGCAAAGAAAAAAGAAAGUCAAACAUUAAUACAAAUAAUAAAAUUGAAAGGUUAUCUGUAUUUGAUAUACCUAUACUUAUUACUAAAGCAUUUGUUAAUUUAGGUUAUGAAGAAUUAUCGACCACGUCUACAAGUCACGAAAGUAUUCAAGAUAUAUCAGAUACUGAAGAAUUCAUAGAACUAAGUAAUCCUGUGGUGUUGAUUUCAUCACCUACGCAACCAAUUGACUUUCAAAAUUGUGAACAUAUGCAAAGACAAUGUAGUGUUUGUCAUGGAAAGGGACAUAAUUCCCGAACUUGCCCAAAUAAGAUUUAG